AUGUCUCAAGCAAUCGUAGGGGUUGACGACCUCCCAGACGAAAUUCUCCUCCAGAUCUUCGAUCGAUCUGAUAUUCCAGCGGCUACCCUUCUGAAUGUCGCACUAUCGUCGAAGCGUUUGCAUUUCAUCUGCCUCCCCUUGUUUCUUGCGAAAUUCGAAAUUAUGAAUCCAUCGGAGCAUUGUGACUUUAUUCUACGCAGCCCUCAAAAAACCCCAGGAUCUCUCGACGCUCUGACGGGACUCAAGGUCGCACUCUUCAUCCCCUCUGUCAAGCAUCUUAUAUGCAAAUUUCACAUGCCGGGAGACAUAGAAGAUUUUCUGUACACAGCGAUGCAUUUGCGCCGACUCAACGACUUCAUAUUGAAAUUGUCGUCUAUCAACACAGUUUCUUUACAAUUCUCGAAUAAACGAUGCGGAUGUUGCUCAGAAUUAGAUCCAGGAAUGACGCUAGACCGGGAUCUGACGGAAUGGUCUGAUGCGAUAGGCUCGGUUCUCAGCACGAUACUGGAGAAGGGUUGUCGAACACUAACUGUUUCUGGGGGCAAAUACAUGGUGCACUCAUAUGUUCCAGAAACCAGUAGAAAAGGCAGGAUUAUGUCACGAUGGAGGCAAUUUCUUAGGAAAGUAAAGCUUGCGGGUUUACCGAAUUCUUAUGAAUGGAUUGACGUGUUACACGGCGAUUCGUGGAUAUACAAGCGUGCGUCCGACACAGGGAGGACCCUCGUUUUAACACCCAUAACUCGUGCCGCUCAAUCACGUUCGGCUUUACGAACUUUGAUCAUUCAGUCGUCGAUGUUUGCUUCUCCGCCAGUACUUCAUUGGACUAUAUCAGUUUUACGUCUCCCAACGAUACAAAACCUUCACCUAAAACAUUUGGCCAUAACCCGAACCGCUUGGAUGAUAUUUUUGGCUUUAAUUGCCGAAAGCUGUCCACAUCUAACUGGCCUCAAGCUUUCUCACAUUCGACACAUAACCGCUUCCCAAAUGCUUCGAUUUCUCGGCCGCCUCUCCAAAUUAGAAACGCUCAGCAUUUCAUCGAGCGUAGAGUGGUACAACAACGACAGUCCAGAAGUUGGACCAUUUCCUGAAUUCAGGAAUCUUACAACGUUGACCACUCCUGCGGCAUGGUUAUUGAAGCUUCUGUCCUCACAAAUCAAUGCAAUACCAAAUCUUCGGAGCAUUGCAAUUGUCUACAAUCUUCGUAACGACGGCCUCUUCGAUUGGUUGGAGACACCAGCGCGCCCUAACAGUAUUCCGAAUCUCUUAUUGCGUUCAUCACGACAUUCCUUGUUGGUUCAUCUUAGAGUCACCCUAGGAAGAAACCCGGGUUGGGCACUGUUAGAGGACUACAGGCGUUAUGAGGCCCAAGAUCCUCCUCACCACCUCCGAUACGUCAUAAACCUAACUUUGUUAAUUGACCGCAAGAUCAAACCGAACGAAAUGGGAUUAUCAACUACCCUACCACAAUGGGUCGGGCUGUUCUGUGAACUCCGGAGUCUGGAACUGAGAUCAGUAGUUCUCAAACGCGAGGAACUGAUAGAGUUAGGGAGUGUCGUAUUGAAAAGAGCUGGACUCCCAGAGUUGAAACGUUUAUUGGUCAAUGGAGAAGAGGUGAUACCAGGUUCGAGGUAA